AUGUUACCGAAUCAAAUUCAAACCAUUUCACGUUUUGAUACAUUUUUCUCCAUUAAAAGAGUUUCCGAAUCCAAAGAUACUUUUCACUCGGUAUCACCAUUUCUUGUACAAAAAGCCAUAUUAGCAACCGUUGGUGAUGUUGCAUGUAUACGUAAACUGCGUUCUGGGGAUUUGCUUAUAGAAGUUAAUUCUAAGAAGCAAGCGCAGCACGUAACCAAACUAAAAGAAUUAGCUAGAAUACCAGUUACUGUUUCCCCUCACUCUUCCUUAAAUUAUUCGAAAGGUGUCAUAACCAGUAGAGAGCUAUACAAUGUUUCUCUUGAAGAAAUAUCUAAAGGAUUUCAACAGCAAGGAGUAACUCAUGUACGUCGCAUAACCAUUCGGCGGGAUGGGCAACUCAUUAAUACGAAACAUCUCAUCCUCACUUUCCAUUCGCCUAAACUGCCUGAAUUUGUAUACGCCGGCUAUCUGAAAUUACCUGUUAGAGCAUAUAUACCCAAUCUCUUGAGAUGUUUCCAAUGCCAACGUUUCGGCCACUCCAAAGCUAAUUGCAGCGGGACAGUAACUUGUGCCAGAUGUGCUGAAAAAGGACAUGAAAGCCAGGAGCGCAUUGCGCCAGAAAAGUGCGUCAAUUGUGGUGAAAAUCAUGCUUCCUUUUCGAGACUUUGCAAACGUUGGACUCUUGAGAAACAAAUAACCACUCUUAAGUUCAAAGAAAACAUUACAUAUCCUGAAGCUAGACGUAAAAUACUAGCUCAAACACCUACGCCUGGUUUAACCUAG